UCUACCGCAACUGAUGACGGCCCGACAGAAUUGAAAUAUCGGGGUUUAUCCUAUUUUUACCGAUUUUAUAAACGUUCCCAAAGUGGCUGUUCCAAAAAAUGUUGAGAGUUAUUAGAAGAAUUCCAGAUAAAAGAAUUCCAUGGAGGACACGUCAGAACCCCGAAUAUAAAUCUUGCCGGUUUUUUAAUUCUCACAGUAAAAAGUUUCUUUUUGGAUCUUUGCCCUCUGUGAAAACUUACAGUAGCCACCAGCAUCAAACGAAGAAGUCUGGCGGAGGGGGUACACUACUAGCAUUAAGUGCUUUCGCAUUAGCUGGGGGAGCCACAUUGGGUUACGCCAAAUACGAUCCAGAUUUUAGAAAAGUUCUCGUAGAGUAUGUCCCGUUCACUGACACCUUGAUAAAAAUAUUGUUCGUGGAAGAGGGCGAAGGAAAUAUUCUAUCCAACACUUAUGGUAAUAUAAAAAGCACCAUCAUCGACUUGGUGUCUGGAGGUAGUAGAUCAAAAACAGGUAGGACUGUGACACCAGUCCCCGAACCACAGGAAUAUAAAGCACCUCCACCGAUAGUGCCAGCUAUAGAAAAAGAAACGAAAAAGCCGGAGCCCACUUAUAAUGAAAUUAGGCUUGAAAGGAAGGAUAAAGGGCAACCGGAACCCAAAGUAGAAAUUGUUGGCGAAGUGAAACCGACAUCAAAUGAAGCCGAGGGUUUUGACACCGCAAAUUUAAGGGAGCUAGAGGACAAUAUUUGCAAGUCGGCCGAAGAAGCCGUAAACGCUUACAACAAGGCAGUGUUUAUCUUGAAAACGUACAAUCAAGAUAUUGAAUACAUCAUCGAUGAGGCCGUUAACGAGAUCAAACCGGAAAUGUGGGACGAAGUCAGGCGCAAGACGAGAUCGAAGCAGGAAUGCAUCAGGAGGGCCCAGGAAAAGGCUGACGAAGCCACCAAAGAUAUUAACAAGCUGAAGGAGAUGGUAUCGAGUCCAAAGUUCGACGUUCCGGCGACCACGAAAGACCUAAUAAGAACCAACAUUUCCAAAGUACAAGAAGACAUCGUGAAAGCGAAAAAGGAACUAGAGGCGGAGCAGAAGAGCGGCAGCGUCACGGAGAAGUACUGGGACAAAGUCGAAAAGGCGAGGAAUCACUUCUCGCUGGAGCUAGAGAGUCUCUUCCCGUGCAUCGACAUCUCCCAGAAGGAGCUGAGAGUUAACGAGGAAGACCUGGAUUUGUUCGUUCUACACACCUACGCCAACGUCCUGUUCUACCAGAAGGAGCUGGCCAAAAUGGAGACCAUCAUCCAAGAGAAGGUGCGGCAGGCCGUCGAAGCCGCUAGGAAGGGCGGCGGAGAACCUUUGACGAACGCGCAGAUCUGCGAAGCUCUCGACCAGGAGAAGAGGAGGUUGGCGUUGUGCUUCCAACAGCAGCUUUUGAAAGUGAGGAAAGAAGCGGACAACGAGCUGAGGGAGCAGCUGAAACGUCAGUCUCAGGCUUUUAGCGAUCACCUGCACGAAGCUAUUAACAUAAAAGCCGAGGAGAUUGAGAGGGUGUUGACUAGAAAGUACGACGAGCUGCUCGAGGCGGAAAGAUGUCAGUACAAAAUUCAGUUGGCGACGGCGGUGGGACGUUUGAAGGGGCUGGAUCAAGCUAUAAGAGAAAAGAAAAAUGCCGAGGAAACGGCAAAGCAGGCGCAAGUUUUGUGGAGCGCGUGUCAGUCUCUGUUACGUGCAAUCAAAGCGGGUUGUCCCGGUAUGCCUUGGAAGAGCCAGAUUAGGCCCUUAGAACCUGAGAUAACCGCAGUGAGAAAGGCAGCAGCUCAAAACGACGAGCUCGUCUCGGCAGUGCUCAACGGCAUUCCGAAAGAGGCAAAAGAGAGGGGCGUGUAUCCAGAGGACGCGUUAAGGGAGAGGUUCCUUAAAGUUGAGCAAGUGGCGAGGACUGUCGCCUUGGUCCCGGAAGACGGCGCCGCCCUUCCCAUUCACAUUUUAUCAUAUUUACAGUCAUUACUGCUAAUUAAAGCUGCCAGCCCUAUUCCACAGAGCGAACUGAAUGACGAAAAGGUCGAUUUUAGCAAAUUAGACACCAACGACAUAUUGCAGAGGGCAAGGUAUUGGCUGGACCGAGGGGACUUUGCACAGACUUUGAAAUACAUGAACUUACUUAAGGGGGCGCCACGCUGCGUAGCAAGACAGUGGAUGAAUGAAACGAGGAUAUUGUUGGAGACGCAACAGGCGGCAAACACACUGAUGGCGCACGCCGCAUCCAGUGGUUUGAUGUAUUUAUAAAAUUUGAUAUAAAUUAUCUAGUACUACAAUUAAAUCCAUUACUUUGUGAUCUAGAAUUCUUUGGUACUAUAAAAUAUAUUACGAUAAUGUAAUGUUAUUUAUUUUUAAUUAAAUGCAAGACUUUUAAUAUAUGCAAUUUUUUUCAUUAAAAUUAAACAUUUUGGUUUUAUUGUAUUUGAAAAAUCAGUUGUUUUAUCUGGUUGUAAUUCUGUUUAACAUUUUUUUUUCUGUACUAGAGUAUUACA